AAUCAAAAAGUUUUCAUUUUUAAAAGAAAAAGCCAACGGUUUUGACAAAACCCAAAACGAAAGUUUUUAUACUAAAUCAUAUAAAGCAAAAAAUAAAAAAAGAAUAGUCCCAAUCUUCAUUUGUUCCCUUUUCUUCUCCAUCGUCAGAUACUCUUUCCUUCAUUAGUAUAUCACCUCCAAUCCCUUCCUCUCGCGCCAAAAUAAAAUAAAAAUAACAUUUCUCUACUUUAUUUCUUUGUUUUAGUCUAGUAUCUCCUUCUUUGUUCUCUCAGUGCGUAAGUUUAUUUUUUAUUUAUGUAUAUAUGGUAUGGUAUGGUAUGGUAUGGUAUGUGAUCUAAGGUCAUUCAAGGACAUGGCGGAUGGUAUGGCAAGGGGGCCAACGAGUCCAGCAGGAGGAAGUCAUGAGAGUGGAGGAGAGCAGUGCAGUUCUCACUCAACUGUGAGGGAACAAGACCGUUACCUUCCAAUUGCUAAUAUAAGCAGAAUCAUGAAGAGAGCAUUGCCUACUAAUGGCAAAAUUGCUAAGGAUGCUAAAGAAACCGUUCAAGAAUGUGUUUCUGAGUUCAUCAGCUUCAUCACUAGCGAGGCUAGUGAUAAAUGCCAGAAAGAGAAGAGGAAGACAAUUAAUGGAGAUGAUUUGUUGUGGGCAAUGGCAACAUUAGGCUUUGAAGACUAUAUUGAGCCACUUAAAAUAUAUCUGGCCAGGUACAGAGAGUUGGAGGUAAUUACACUCUCUUUUUCAUGGCUAAUAUACGCAUACAUGUAUAUAUAUAUUGUGUAGUUUGUAUACUUUGACAGUGUCUCCUUCAACUGCAAACAUUCCAAUUGACAGGGUGAUGCUAAGGGAUCAGUCAGGGGUGAAGUGCCUCUUAAAAGAGAUGCAGUUCGAGUUCUUUCUGUCCCCAACCCACAGUUUCCAAUCCAAGGAUCAUUGAACUAUAUUAAUUCCCAGGCACAAGGACAUCAUAUGAUCGUCCCCUCCAUGCAAGGCAACGAGUAGCUGAUCUGAGCUUCCUCUACCACUUCCAUAAGUAUUAGGGCUGGUUAUAUUGUUUAAUCCAAACACUUUUAGGAUCUUUAAUGGGGAAUUAAUCUUAAUUAUGCAAAGCUAAAUACUUUGGGGAUUUUUUUUUUUGUUAGCUUGUUCUAAGGUAAUAUGGAUCUGUAUAAGUUGCUGUAAAUUUGGCUAUUUAUAUGAUAAUAUGGUAUAUUGCUUUGCAUUUA